UGUCUUCCUAUUGAUUAAUUGAAUAUCUGUGUGCCUAUGGCAAGUUAUCUUUCUAUUAUUAUGAAUGGAUCACUACAGAUUAAACGGUAGUCUGUUAAAUUAAUUACUCAAGUACCAACAAUUGCUUAGUUUAGUGGGAAACGAGUAAGAUUUCGAGAGCUUUAUGUGAAAAGUUGAAGGUUAGAAUUUGUGUAGUCACACUAUUUUGAGCAGAUCACAUUUGUAGUUCCCACCUCUAAUUUUUUUUUCUUAUAUCCAAUUGUGGUGUAGGGACAAAUCAAUAGAAAAUUAAUUACUUAUGCUUGAACUACAAUUUGGGUGCGUAGUCGGAUGAGUACAAGACUUUCUGAGUCAAUUUGGACUAUUGUGGGUCAGUUCGAAUUGGACAUGGAAUCCAAUCCCUAGUGGGAUAGUCCAUAAAGUGGAAUGUGGUUCAGUUGGACGGAGUAAAUAUCGACCGUCUUUCUUUUUAAUUUCAUUGGUUCAUUCUUUCUAUCGGGGUUAGUAUGCAACAGAAUAUAAAUAAAUAGUAGAAACGAAAGAACACACGGGAAUUACUUGGUUCUCAACAUGGUCAUGAUAGCCUAAGAACACAAAAGAUCAAGGUGCUAAAGGAAGGGGCAGAAGGAGCUCUAUCCCACCAUAUCCCUGUAAGUCAACUCGUAACUAAGUAAUUUACUUAUAAUCCAAUAGGUCUGUUGAUAUUAUGCAAACUAGGGAUUAGCAAAAGAACAGGUCCUAACUUGGCAAGAAGACCGUUAGUAAGUCCAAGGGCACACCUGUGUGAGCAAAACCUGGGGAGGAGCUGCCCUGACCUAGAAAGAUUAUGAGUUAAAUGUUUGAGUUAUGGGAAAAAGCUAUAGGAAUGGUAUGAGAACUCUAGAACCUCCAACCUUGAAUACCUUGAUCUUGCCUCUACAUCCAAAGUUUCAUACCCCCAAUUAGCCAAUAACCUAGCAGUCAUUUACGACAGGUUGUGUUUAUCCUCUAGAGUUCAUCUCAAAAACUUUAAGCGAAUUCUAGAAAAAGUGUCAGGACCUUGAAAAGGAGGUCUCCAGGCUUGAAAUUGCUGUUCAAAAUCUAACUAUUUUCUAUACAGAAAAUAAGCCCCUAACAGCAAGGCAGGUGCGUGACCUGGUUGUUGAGAUAGCAGAGCAACCCAAGCUCGUCAAAAAGGAAGCCCUCAGGAUAAUUGAGGAACUCAACGGCAAGCUUCAAAGGGUUGAAAUACUUUUGCACAAACUGGACAGUGGACCGUGUCAUGAGUCACAUCCUUACAAGAAACACCGCAUCCUACUAAGUUGCAAUAAAAGCAACAGAACAAAUCGAGUCUCCUGCCUUUGGCUUUAUACGACCAAGUGAGUUCCAAGGUCCAGUCUCUGGGAAUACUGCUAUCAUCAAACAGAACAACACCCAGAUAUAGUUGCUGGUCCAAAUUGCCGAGACUCUCAAAGAUAUUUAGGCGGAUCUCAAGACCGUAUUUGAGCAGACCAAGAAAGGAGUUCAGGUAUCAUCUAUACCUGAGGAUCUAAUUGCUAAACUACAAAACCUAUCUUUGGGCUAUGCAGAAAAGCCUAAAGAAAAGAAAGGCAAGCUAAGAGUCUUCAAAGGGAUUUUGAGGAAGAACAGGAAAAGCUAAAGUGAUGACGUCCAGAAUAGUCACAGAGCAGCCCUCAACAUUAGCUCCUACCCCCUUAUUCGAAGAUCAGACAAGAGAGUACAAACGCCAUCAGAGAAGACUACAUAACGUACAACAGUCAGCAAGAAGACUCUCCAGAAGACUUACAGGGUGAUCAGUUCCUGUACAUACAUUAGAACAAUAGAUUGAUCCACAGGCACAACUACAACUUUCAAUGCCAGAAAGAGCAGCUAUAGUACCGACAAAAGUACUAUAUCAUUCCCGCUGUGAUGACGCACACCUUCGGGUCUAUAUUCAUAGAUCCGAAGAAGCUAUCCUGGUUACUGACGGUAGCCAGCUUGACAGAACAUUCAUCCUGGAGGAAAGUUUUGAUCAACUACAAAGAAGUCGUAUGCAGUACAUCCACAUUGGAGUACUACAGGUACGUAUCCAAAUCUUCCACAGGCAAGAGGAAGGGACGAUGGCCCUAAUCGUCUUUAGGGACAACCGCUGGACUGGUGACCAGGCCAUCCUUACCACAAUGGAAGUCGACCUAACUCAGGGAACUCAACUUGUAUAUGUUAUCCCUGGUAUUAUGAUGACUAUUGGCGACUUCUACAGAAAUAUCCAGGUCUCGAUGCUAACCAAGGGUUAUGAGCAAUGGAACAACGGUGAAACCAACCUGCUAGUAACCCGAGGCAUGGUGGGACGACUAUCCAACACCCCAAAUGUUGGAUUUACUUAUGAAAUUCAAGGGGUUGUUGAUUACCUAACAAGUCAUGGAGUUCGUGCUCUAUCAGGAUGGAGAUACUCUAUGAACCCCCUCUAAGGACUGAACUGGAUCAUUCAACUCACAACAAUAGUAAUUCCCAUGCAACCAUCCGAAGUGAAUAGUAGAAAUCUAAUGGAUGGAAGAAUAUCUUUAAGCUUCAGCAACUAUAGAGCAACCAGACGAGCAGAACCGCUACAUUGCAACCCUAAAGAUGAGGAAAGUGAUGAAGAAUCAUUUCAUGCAAUAGCGGUUCUCAUCAAACAAACACACUGAAGAACAACAAAGCCUGGAUCCUGAAGUAAUGGAAGAAAAUCUGGAUAUAUACCCAGACAAACUGGUACGUAUAAUUUCACCGCAUACAAAGUUACCUAUUCGCAGGAGUUAUGGUGCUGCAAAGAUAUGAUUUGGAGGCCAGCCAAGACUGCGUCAUACCUUUAUGGGGACGUGCCCAAGUACCCACAGGAGUUUGUAUAGGAAUACCUUGGGGUAGCUACGACCGAAUUUCCCCCAGAUCAGGAGCCGCGUGGAAAUUAGGCCAUGACAUUGGUGCAGGAGUAAUUGACACCGAUUACAGAGUUAUUGGUAUGGGAGAGAUCGACCUCGCUGGCUUGGGCCUAUCCCAUAUGAAUACCCAUCUCACCUUACUGGAGAUCUUCCUGGUGAUUAUGGCUUUGAUGUUGCUGGCCUGGCCAAGGAUCCGGUGGCCUUCGGAAAAUACUUUAAGUAGCUACGAAAUUCUACAUGCUCGUUGGGCAAUGCUAGCAUCUCUUGGUGUUGUUGUCCCUGAGUUGUUAGCUGAACUUGGUGUCGUCCAAUUCAUCGAGCCUGUGUGGUGGAAAGUUGGGUACGCAAAGCUUCAGGGUGAUACACUGGACUACUUGGGCAUUCCUGGACUUCGUAUAGCGGGUGGGCAAGGCGUCCUCAUAAUCGCAAUCUGUCAAGCUCUUCUAAUGGUCGGACCGGAGUAUGCUCGAUACUGUGGGAUUGAGGCUCUGGAGCCACUGGGUUUGUAUUUGCCUGGGGACAUAAACUAUCCAGGAGGCAUACUUUUCGAUCCUCUGGGGCUUUCUUCUGACCCAGAAGCUUUCGAAGAGCUCAAAGUGAAAGAGAUAAAAAAUGGUAGGCUGGCAAUGGUGGCUUGGAUCGGCUUCUAUCUUCAAGCAGCUGUUACAGGAAAAGGUCCAAUUAGGAACCUUUUUGAACACUUAGCAGAUCCUUUCCACAACAAUAUCACUUCUCUUAUUCAUCAUCUAUAGCAAGCGAAAAUGAAAGCAAGCUCAACAGGCUCAUCAUCUUCCGCUUCCGAUUUCCUCGCAAUCCUUGUCAAGCUGUAACAAUCUUCUUGCAAGUUAACAUGAUUGUGUAUAUUGUAGUUGAUUUCACAAAAUUAGGAGGAAAUGGUACAAUUCCAACUAGUGAUUAACCUUUUUUUUUUUGUAAAUGCAUGUACAUGAUUUUCCAUAAUAUUUUCAUUUCUUUGCUCGGUUGAAUUUAUUUA